AUGCGUCUGCAGGUCAGCCCGGCCAACUGGGAAGAUCUCGACCGAGAACGGCCGACCUGGAGGACAACACUGAAGACAGGCACAACGAUCUACAAAGCCAACCGCAUCAUCGCGGCCAAAACCAAACGCGAGGUUCGCAAAUCUCAAAUGCGCCCACCUCGCAACACCAACGCUCAACCAUCCCCGACCUGCCCACGCUGUCAGCGGACAUUCCGGGCGCUAAUCGGCCUUGUAGGACAUCCUCGUACCAACUGCAGCGCCCGGACUACACCAGCUGCUGUCUCCGCACCCACGCCGACAACUGACACUGACGGCGCUCCAGAAUCCCCACCACCAUCCUCCUCCUCCUCCAUUGCUUCGACAUCCGCUACGGCGGCUCCUGUACCCACCACCGCUGCACACAAUCCUGACAUACCAACGAGCAUCAACCACCCCCCCCCCCUCCUCCCCUACCAACAAUGUCAGCAAUGUGGACUCGAUUCAUACCUUUCAUCAUUGCAAGCGCGCCUUCACCUCACAUAUCGGCCUGGUCAGUCACCUGCGAAUCCGUCCCCCAAAGACCGGAGAACCAGUGCCUGGAGCAUCAAUCUACACUCGCCGCUUUCGUCUCCACUGUCCCCGCACAUUCACUCCCCACAUAGGUCUUUUCAGUCACAUGCGUAUCCGCGAGGGCGGAAUAGACCGCAGUCUCGACACACCUGGCACCUCGUGCACAUCAACCAUGCCCUGCUCAAUCCGCACCCCACCGGCCAGCAUGCCCACCACCAUCAAAUCCGCCGCAGCCAGCACAUCUUGCGCACCCACCAUGCCUAGCCCAACGCACACACCGUCGCCCAGCCUGUCCACCACCAGCAUCUCCACCACUGUCAACAUCUCCGAAACCAACACUGACACCGCCGAAAUUUCCUGUCCACACUCACCUCCCACAUUUACCGCACACAUCGGCCUGGUCGGUCACUUGCGGAUCCAUCGCACAGAGACUAGCGAACCAGUGCAUGAAGCGCCCACAUACGCUCGCCGUAUCCGCCUCAGCUGCCCUCGCUGCACCCACACAUUCAUCCACUGCAUGGCCCAAUUAGGCCACAUGUGCAUUCACGAAAACCUGCGGCAGACAAUUGCCGGCUAA